AUGCCUCUCCAAGCCUGGCGGUGAUCUCAGCAUAUGUGAGCACUUAGCCAGCUCCAUUAGUUGUGUUUUGUGUCCCAUUAGUCCGUAAAUGUGUCACACCUGCAAAGAGGGGAUUAUAAUCCUGACAGCAGCCUUGUACAACACCUAUAAAAUCCCCCCCUGGCUAAUGCACCACAUGCUAACAAGGAAAACACAGAGCUUUAAUGAAGGCAAGCAGCAGAGUUAUGGUGCAGGUGCUGUUGUUGGCAUUGCUGGCUCAGGUCACUCUGUGCCAGCACUGGUCCUAUGGAUGGCUACCAGGUGGAAAGAGAAGCGUGGGAGAGCUCGAGGCAACCAUCAGGAUGAUGGGCACGGGAGGAGUGGUGUCGCUUCCUGAAGAGGCGAGUGCCCAAACCCAGGAGAGGCUUAGGCCGUACAAUAUUAAUGAUGGCUCCAGCCAUUUUGACAGAAACAAAAGGUUCCUGAAUAAAUAAAGGAGCAUCAAAAAGAAGACAAACUGUAUUAUAAUCAACGCCAUGGACUGUCUACUCUGACGUCAGAUUUUAUCUUGUUUUCAACACAUAAAAUACAUGUCUAUAAUGUCAUUGUAAAUCAAUUAUAAUAAACGUUUGAACCCUGA